AUGAGCUUUGGCUACUUUAGGUCAUUAGUGUCUCGUCAACUGGAUGGGAUAUUCAUUCUUAGGGCCUUGAAGUGGAAGAAGCCCCGGCUGACUAAGCCAAUGAAGAGAGAAUCAGGCAACGUACUGAAAUGGGAUGUGAAAGGUGAAAGCCUUACCCAGGAUCUUCCACACUCUUUUAGAAAGCUAGCGCCCUCUUCCAUUCCUAUUUCGGGAAAGAAGCGUAAGGGAAAGGUAAGAGGCCUCCUAAAGAAGAAGAAAACCUUCCCGGGCAUCCUGACCAAACUACCAAACCACUCCUCAGUACCUUCGAAAGCUCUAUCUAAGCAGCUUUUUCAAUAUAGCCAGUGUGCCGUGCAUGUGUAUAAGCCACAGAAGAAACUUCCAAAGGUCUUUGCUCUAACCGGCAGCCGGGGAAGGCUUUGA